ACAAGAUAAGAAAUCAAUUCUAUUUCGCCAUUUAUAAAAUAAAAUGAGUAGUCGAAUUUAUAUCGGAAGAAUAAGUUACAAAGCAAGAGAAAAAGAUAUUGAACGUUUUGUUCGCGGAUAUGGAAAAAUAAGGGAUAUCACCCUGAAGAAUGGAUAUGGAUUUGUGGAAUUUGAAGAUGUUCGUGACGCUGAUGAUGCAGUUUUUGAAUUGAAUGGAAAAGAACUUUUAAGCGAGAGAGUUAUAGUUGAAUUAGCUCGCGGACCUACUGCCAGAGCUUCAUUUAGAACAGAAAGAAGACCGCCACCACCUCAACAACGUCGACCUCGUGUUCAUAAUGACAAAUAUGGCCCCCCAACUCGUACAGAAUUUAGAAUCGUCAUAGAAAAUUUGUCUAGUCGUGUAAGCUGGCAAGAUUUGAAAGAUUACAUGCGGCAAGCUGGAGAAGUUACCUAUGCAGAUGCUCAUAAAUUGAGGAAAAAUGAAGGUGUUGUUGAAUUUGCUAGCUAUGAUGAUAUGAAAAAUGCUAUGGAUAAACUUGAUGAUUCAGAUCUAUCAGGUAGAAGAAUAAAACUUGUUGAACAAUAUUCAAGAUUAAAGAAAAGGCAUAUUUCAAGAAGUAGGUCAAGAAGUAGAUCCAGAAGUAGAAGAAGAUCUCGUAGUUAUUCCAAAUCAAGAUCUGCAUCUAAAAGAAGUCGUACAAGAUCUAGAAGCAAAUCAUCUAGAUCAAAAAGUCCAAAAUCAGAUAUUUCAAAGAAAUCAAAAUCAGUGUCAAGGUCUCCUUCUCAUCACAAUGAUACAGAUAUGCAUGAUGGGCAAAGAUCAAGAUCUAAAUCCUAUAAUGCAAACAAUGAUAAAUAUGAAAACAACCAUGAUAAUUAAAUAUUUAGAUAUCAAAUAUGUUUUACCUUAAAUUUUUAAUAUAUUUUAUUACAAGAAAUUAUUUAUGUAUUUGUACAGUAAAAAUUGUUUAAUUUUUUUCAUUUAAUAAAUAAUUAUAUAUUAAGUUUA